GGCCCACUAUGGAGUACCUAGAGUAUACUUUGUAGCAGCCUUGCGGUUUGUGUCCGAGGUUGAACUUGGAUUCGCGUUUGCUGCUUCUGAGUUUCCAACUGCCACCGUAUCGCAGCGACCAUGAAUAACGAGCAGUUUCGCAGGUUACUUCUUGCGAAUUCUACCAAAUCCAGUUCCGACAAAAAUGGCAUUUCACCUUCCAGUUCUCAAGCGGCGCCGAGCACCGCAGCCGCUCUCGGUUCCAGACUCAAGCCGAGUAUCCCAAUGACACCUCGCUCGGUUGGCGCUGGCGCUGCCCGAGUAGACUUCGCGAAACAGCUCGCAGAACGAAAUCAGGCGUUUGAGAAAACGCAAAAGAAAGCUAGAACGUCGGCCCCUAAAGGCAGCAAGUUUGCUGAGGGCUACGUUGACCGCGCCAAGGCGAGACAGCAAGAAGAGGACGACGAGCGGGCUGAGAGGAUAAAAGCGCUGGAAGAGUCUUAUAAAAAGGAGGAGAUUGACCGCGAGACUUAUGACCGGCUACGCAACGAGAUCGCGGGCGGCGAUCUCUCCAGCACACACCUCGUGAAAGGAUUAGACUUUAAGCUGCUCGAGAGGAUACGAAGAGGGGAAGAUGUAUAUGGGGAGAAGCCAAAGCCAGCUGAGGUUGCCAAGGAGGAGGAGGAGGAGGAGGAGGAGCAUGCAGAAGCCGAGGCGGAUCCAGACGAGGCCUUGGAGCAGCUCGAGUCGACCGAAGUCAAGGCUAUCACAAGGGAGAAGGUGCAAAAAAAGGGCCAACUCGCCACGGCGGCUUUGAAUCCGGGUCAGAAGAGGACGCGGAAUCAGAUAUUGGCCGAGCUGAAAGCGGCGAGGGCAGCGGCAAAGGCCAAGGAGGAAUCAAGUCUUGGCUCGAAGUUCAAGAAGAUUGGUGAGAAGAAGACACCAGGAACGAGGAUAGAGAGGGACAGCAAAGGACGCGAGGUAAUGAUUAUUGUUGACGAAGACGGUCAUGAGAGGAGAAAGGUCAGAAAGCUGGACCCCAAGGUUACCGAGGAGCAAGAAAGAGAACGGGCUGCCCUGGCAUCUGGCAAAGUGCUCGGCAUGGAGGUUCCCGAAAUCUAUCGGAAACAACAAGAGGAAAAAGAAGCCGAGGAAGACAGCAAGGAAAUCAACAUCUUCGAUGAUGCUGGCUCGGAUUAUGAUCCGCUGGCUGAGCUUGAAGGCUCAGAUGAUUCCUCUGAAGUGGAAACCGAGACCAAGGAUGAAGCAUCCAAAACGAUGCCUCCACAAGAAGCUGGGGAUAUGCCUCCGCCACCGAAACCCGAAACAACAGCCCCACGGAACUACUUCAAGGACUCGAAAACUGGCCUUGUCUCAGAGGACACGUACAAAGCACCAUCGCUCGAUGACCCUGCCUUCCUGGCAGCCCUCAAAAAGGCAAAAGCUGCUAGCGCCCUGGAGAAGUCCGAGGAGGAGAGAAAGGCAGCGGAACGGGAGGAGCGGCUCAAGAAGAAGCUUAAUGAAAUUAGCAGAGACGAUCAGGAUCUCGACAUGGGCUUUGGGUCCAGCCGCAUAGAAGACGAGGCGGACUUGGACGAGACAAAGAUGAAGCUGUCUGCGUGGGAUGCAGAAUCCGACGACGGAGGGGGCGGCGGCGGCGGGAAGUCCAAGCGGAAGAGAGGACCCAAGAAGAAGAAGGGGGAUAAGAACAACUUUGAGGAUGUCAUGAGGGUCAUUCAGAGGAAUAAGGGUGGUGGUUGAUUCAGGACUUAGCGUCGUAUAGCAGAUGUAAAGUCCAAUAAUGACCUUAAUGUCUUCCAUUCAAAAUUGUGCAAGCAAUGAUUUACAAGAUCAGCUUAGAGCACCCCAUUGUUUGCGACACUCCUAAUUGAGCAACGGAUUCAUUCAGUUUCACAACUGCUGUGAAAGUUCUUGGGAUAGUGGUGGAUCCUCCACUGGUACUCGGAAACACGGCUCCCCGCUUUGCACGGCAAGCGCAAACACAACCUUAGAAACUGGAAGGCACUGACUGC